AUGGCCUCCAACACAGAAACGAUCCGAAUUGGCUAUGUGCCAGAGCACUACCUCGGCCCGCUGCACCUGGCGCUGCGCUCUUCCGCCGCCGCCGACCUCCCGUUCGAAGUCCGGCUGGUCCCCUUCCCCUCCGGCACGGGCCACAUGAUCACCUCGCUCCGCGACCAGGAGAUCGACCUCGCGAUCGGGCUGACGGAAGGCUGGGUCGCCGGGCUGGUGGGCAAGCAGCAGGCGCCGAAGCCCGCCGCGACGGACGGCUACAAGAUCGUGGGCCACUGGGUGGACACGCCGCUGCGGUGGGCGAUCGUCACCGGGCGCGAGCGGGAGACGAUCCGGGGCGUGGAGGAUCUGAAGGGGGGGAGGGUGGGCGUGAGUCGGUUGGGAAGCGGCUCACACAUCAUGUCCUUCGUCCUCUCGCAGACCCACCACUGGUCGGAGAGGGACAGUCUCACCCCGACCAUCCUGGGGCCGUUCGGGUCCCUGCGAGACGGGGUCGCCGGCGCCGACGCCGACCCGACGGCCGACUUCUUCAUGUGGGAAGAAUUCACGACGAAGCCGUAUUUCCGGCCCACCCCCGAAAACCCGCACCCGCCGCUGAAGAAGAUCGGCGAGAUCUACACCCCCUGGCCGUCGUGGAUGAUUGUCGCGUCGACGGCGACGUUCCCCGUCGGGGAGCUGGGGCGGGAUACGCGGUUGGAGAGGCUGUUUGAGGUGUUGGAUCGCGGGAUUGAGGAGUUUGAGGCGGAUCGCGAGAGAGUGAUCGCGUUGUUGGGGACCGGGGAGCUCGGGUGUACGUAUGGGGAGGAGGAUGCGCGCGAGUGGAUGAAGGAUGUGCGGUUUAGCCAGGGGACGAGGGGGGUUAAGCGCGAGGUGGUGGAUGGGGUCGUGGAUGUGUUGAAGGUUGCGGGGGUUAUCGAUGGGGAGGUGGAGAAUGAGGCCGCUUUUGAGCGGGUGGUGGGGAUUGCGCGGUAG